AUGGCUCCCCAAGUCUCUUCACAAACGGGCUCUGACAGCCCAACCACCUCAAGCGACUCGAAGCAUGACAUCGAGAUCCGCGAGGCCAUCGCCGACGACCAGCACCCGGGCAUGGCCUCGAUGCUGCGUCCCGGUACGACCACCGGCGGCAACAUCACCUCCGAAGAGUACAUGACCGAAGAUGAGAAGAAGGAGAAGGACAUGAAGGACUACGGCUACCACAAGUUCCGAUGGUCCUCUCUCUGGAACCCUGCCGUGAUCAACCCGCUCAACGGCAAGUCGCACACCUUCCCCAUCUUCCGCAUCUGGGAUUCGUACUCGACUGCGUUCUGGCUCGCCACGCUCGGCUUCUUCGUCGCCUUCCUCAGUUGGUUCGCCUUUGCGCCGCUGAUGCCCGAGGCUGUGAGGGCGGAUCUGCGUCUGUCGGCUGUUCAAGUCACCCACUCCAACAUGGCCGCGCUCGGUGGUACCGCCGUGGUGCGUCUCAUUGCCGGUCCCGCGUGCGAUCGCUACGGACCCCGAAAGGUCAUGGCUGCUCUCCUCGUCAUCGGUGCCAUUCCCUCUGGCCUCGCCGCCGUCGUCCAGUCCGCAGGCGGCCUGUACACUGUCCGCUUCUUCAUCUCCAUCCUCGGCGCCACCUUCGUCACCUGCCAAGCAUGGUGCUCGACGUUCUACGACAAAUCGGUCGUCGGCACCGCGAACGCCUUCUCGGGUGGCUGGGGUAACAUGGGUGGUGGUGUCACCGUUGCUGCUAUGAUCGGUCUGUUCGAGCGUUACGUCCACGCUGGGUUGACGCCACGCAUGGCUUGGCGUGUGUGCUUCCCCACCCUGCCCGUUCCCGCGCUGCUGCUCGUUGCCGGUAUGAUCCUGCUCUUCGGCAAGGACCACCCCGCCGGCAAGUGGUCUCAACGUCACCAGUUCCAAGGUACCGCAGUGGCCAUUGCACAGGGAGAGAAGAUCGAGCUCGACGCCUCGGAGCGUGCCGAGUACGAGCGUGCUGCUGGCGACCGCGAGAAGGGGCCCGCUAAAGGCGCCAACUUCCGCGAAGUCACCCCCGCCGAGGCCGCCAAGCACGUCGAGGCCGUCGACACCGCCCAGUCCGAGCCGAUGACGUUCAAGCGCCUCAUGGUGAUCCUCGUCGACCCGCGCGUGUGGAUGUGCUUCAUGUGCUACCUCCUCACCUUCGGUCUCGAGACCGCUAUGGAUGCUGCCCUCCCCGGUCUCCUCGUCACCCUCUUCCAGUCCGGCACCUUCUCUGCCAUCGACGCUGCCUACGCCGCCUCCAUGUACGGUCUGCUCAACCUGUACGCUCGACCCCUCGGCGGUGUCGUCUCGGACAUUCUGUACUCGAAGUACGGUCUUCGCGGUCGAGUCAUCUGGCUGCUCGCCACCGCCUUCUCUCAGGGUAUCGCCAUGAUCGGUCUCGGCAUCUACUGCAACCGCAACCCCACCCUCUCCGGUGUGCUUUGGUUCAUCUUCCUCAUCGGUACCACGGGUUUCCUCGCCAACGGCGCCAACUACGGUAUCCCCGCUAUCAUCUGCCCCUCCGCUAUCGGCACUGUGUCCGGUAUCGUCGGUGCUGCGGGUAACCUCGGUGGUCUGCUGUAUCUCGGCAUCUUCUUGGCAGUUCCCGGUAACAGGGCCAGGAGGACCUUGGGUACCAAGUUCUGGAUCGCCGGUGUCGUCAACGCCGGCGCUGUUCUGCCCUUCUUUGCCGUCUUGCUCCCGGGCAAGUACGGCGUAUAA